GCUCCGACUGUAGCCUCCGCGAUCCCGCGCUGCCGCCGCCCGCCGUCGCCAGGGUCCCCCGGGGUGGGAAGGAAGGCAGGAAGGCCGGCGCGGCCGUGCGCUCCGUGAAGCCCGCCACCCCUGUCCGCAGCCCGCUGCCCGGACCGGCCUGGCACCAUGCUGCCCGCGCGCUGCGCCCGCCUGCUCACGCCCCACUUGCUGCUGGUGUUAGUGCAGCUGUCCCCGGCUCGCGACCACCGCACCACCGGCCCCAGGUUUCUCAUAAGUGACCGUGACCCUCAGUGCAACCUCCACUGCUCCAGGACUCAACCCAAACCUGUCUGCGCCUCCGACGGCAGGUCCUACGAGUCCAUGUGUGAGUACCAGCGAGCAAAGUGCCGAGACCCAACCCUGGCUGUGGUGCAUCGAGGCAGAUGCAAAGACGCUGGCCAGAGCAAGUGUCGCCUGGAGCGGGCUCAGGCCCUGGAGCAAGCCAAGAAGCCCCAGGAGGCGGUGUUUGUCCCGGAGUGCGCCGAGGAUGGCUCCUUUACCCAGGUGCAGUGCCACACUUACACAGGGUACUGCUGGUGUGUCACCCCCGACGGGAAGCCCAUCAGCGGCUCUUCUGUGCAGAAUAAAACUCCUGUAUGUUCAGGUUCGGUCACCGAUAAGCCUGUGAGCCAGGGUAACUCAGGAAGGAAAGAUGACGGGUCUAAGCCGACACCCACGAUGGAGACCCAGCCGGUGUUCGAUGGAGAUGAAAUCACAGCUCCCACUCUCUGGAUUAAGCACUUGGUAAUCAAGGACUCCAAACUGAACAACACCAACAUAAGAAAUUCAGAGAAAGUUCACUCGUGUGACCAGGAGCGGCAGAGUGCCCUGGAGGAGGCCCGGCAGAGCCCCCGCGAGGGCAUUGUGAUUCCCGAGUGCGCACCCGGGGGGCUCUAUAAACCAGUGCAGUGCCACCAGUCCACUGGCUACUGCUGGUGUGUGCUGGUGGACACCGGGCGUCCGCUGCCGGGGACCUCCACACGCUACGUGAUGCCCAAUUGUGAGAGUGAUGCCAGGGCUAAGAGUGCGGAGGUGGAGGACCCCUUCAAGGACAGGGAGCUGCCAGGCUGUCCAGACGGGAAGAAACUGGAAUUUAUCACCAGCCUACUGGAUGCCCUCACCACUGACAUGGUGCAGGCCAUUAACUCAGCAGCGCCCACUGGAGGUGGGAGGUUCUCGGAGCCAGACCCCAGCCACACCCUGGAAGAGCGCGUGGUGCACUGGUACUUCAGCCAGCUGGACAGCAACAGUAGCAGCGACAUCAACAAGCGCGAGAUGAAGCCCUUCAAGCGCUACGUGAAGAAGAAAGCCAAGCCCAAGAAAUGCGCCCGGCGUUUCACUGACUACUGUGACCUGAACAAAGACAAGGUCAUCUCACUGCCCGAGCUGAAGGGCUGCCUGGGUGUUAGCAAAGAAGUAGGACGCCUCGUCUAAGGAGUGGAAAACCAAAGGGCAGGUGGAGAGACCAGGGAGGCAGGAUGGAUCAUCAGACAGCUAACCUUCGGCGUUGCCACGGCCCAGCCACAUCCCAUGUAACAUAAGUGGUGCCCAUCGUGUUUGCACUUUUAAUAACUCCUAUUUGUGUGUUUUCUUUUUCGGUUUCAUUUUUAAACACCAGUAUCUAAUACCGCAGUGGGAAAAGGAAAGGGAAGAAAGACUGUUUUAUUCUCUUUUAUUGUUAAGUUUUUGGAUCUGCUACUGACAACUUUUAGGGUUUGGAGGGCGGGGGCCUUUCUGGGACUGAGAAGAAAGAGAUUUAUAUACUGUAUAUAAAUAUAUAUGUAAAUUGUAUAGUUCUUUUGUACAGGUGUUGGCAUUGCUCUCUGUUUAUUCCUCUCCCUCUCCCUGCUCUGAGCUGUGAGAUCUCUGGACACACGGCCCCACUCUCUAGAAGCCAGGACUCCAUCCCCGGCCAGCCUGGAUCCCAUUGUGAUCACAGGGCAGACUCCCUGGGUAUCUUUUCUGGUGGGAGGAAGGGGCCACCUUCUGCCGUGGCUGUCAGAGCAGCAAGUCACUUGGCGGUUGACCUUCUCAAGGGCGGGAGUGGACAUUGCAGGACAAUGGAAGUGGCUCCUGGAGGGAGGCCCGUAGCCCUCAUGAGUCCCCAUUCUCCAACACCCAUGUGGUCAGGCCAUCCAGACCCCCAGGUGGCCCAGACUCAGUGGGUGCCUGAGUCGACAGUGUCGUUGGUGCCUGCUGAACAAAUUGCCCUAAGGAUUUGCGUUAGGGUCCCUUGAAACAUAGGGUCCCUAUGUUUAGCAUCUACUACGUAUGAAGCCGGAGAAGGCAAUGGCAACCCACUCCAGUACUCUUGCCUGGAGAAUCCCAGGAAUGGGGCAGCCUGGUGGGCUGCCAUCUAUGGGGUCGCACAGAGUCGGACACGACUGAAGCGACUUAGCAGCAGCAGCAGCAGCACAUAUUAAGCAGGAGAGGGGAGGCAGAGAAGAAAGACACCCCGCGGGACCUUUUGUUUAGUAGUUAAAUUUCACAUCUGAGCGGUGGAGGCAGCACAGAAGGCCUGUCCUGGUGAGUGUGGCGCCCACCCAAGGCUCCUCACCUCUCGCACACCCGUGAGUGAGGCUUCCUGAGACAGCGCCCAGUGCCGAGGUCAGGCUGGGCAGCGACUCCUGCAGUCCUCCUUCUCCCCUGCUGUUCUCUGGUCAGCGUAAGCCCGAGGGAAGAGUUGUGUCCAUCACCUUGUUGGUCACUCAACCUUUUCUAUUUUUUUUUUUUUAAACUCAGUACCGAGGUUCUUCCUGUUUUCCUAAAUGCUCUUACGGGCUUCCAGGCUUGAGGCCAAUUCCAGAUUCAUGCUGGGCCUGUUACUUCUGCAUCCCUUGGAAGUGAGGACAGAAUGGCCCAGCCAUGGGGAAAUCCAGGCCUAGCUUCCCACAGGUAUUUUACUGUGAUUCCAACAUGGACCGCCCAGCCUUCUGGUCAUACCCCAGCUUCCUCUUGCCUGGGGUAGCAGGGGUGGGGGCAUGGCCAUCCAACAGUCAUCCAACAAAGGGUGACAGGUGACACCGAACCCUCCUUCCCGUGAGCAGCCAUAGCAGCAAGGAGGGAGGGUGGGCAGUUUUCCAGGACCGGCGCCUUUGUGGGCUAUUUUUGGAAAUCUGGCCACAUCUCUGUGUAUCUCCUAUCCCAUCCCAUCCUCUGACUGGAGAAGGUUCUUGCUGUCCUAAUGAAAGUCCCAGAGGUUGUGUCAGGGUGACUGGAGACCCCAUCCCAAUGUGGUAGGAUGGAACGAGAGCCCUGGCCCAUCAGUCUGGACCAGAAAGCCCAGUGUGCUGGCUGGGUGGACUUUCCGGGAGACCUCAGCCUCCUUCCCUGCCCUGAAGGAAGCACCUCCGUGAAGAAAGUUGGAAUCUGCCCAGGACAUCUUCUCUCUCACACACGUGUGGAGGCUGAGUUGUGUGGUUUUCCUU